AAGUGACCUUAAAGGCCUAGCUUUAUGGUAGUGCACUUAAAUUCAGAAUCACACUUGGUAACUAGCAAGGAAAGAUUUCAAACCCCAAACAGUGCAAUUGAGACCUUUGUAUGAAUACAUACUACUGAGAAUAUCUAACAUGUUGUUACUAAUCAAUGUCAUUCUCACCUUGUGGGUUUCCUGUGCUACUGGACAAGCAAAACCUUGCGAUUUUCCAGAAAUUCAACAUGGAGGUCUGUAUUAUGAGAGUAAGCAUAGACCAUACUUUCCAGUAGCUGCGGGAAAAUCUUAUUCCUAUUACUGUGAUGCAAAUUUUGUGACUCCUUCAGGAAGUUACUGGGAUUACAUUCAUUGCACACAAGAUGGGUGGUCGCCAACAGUCCCAUGCCUCAGAACAUGCUCAAAAUCAGAUAUACAAGUUGAAAAUGGAUUUAUUUCUGAAUCUUCUUCUAUUUAUAUUUUAAAUAAAGAAAUGCAAUAUAAAUGUAAGCCAGGAUAUGCAACAGCAGAUGGAAAUUCUUCAGGCUCAAUUACAUGUUUGCAAAAUGGAUGGUCAACACAACCAAUUUGCAUUAAACUUUGUGAUAUGCCAGUUUUUGAGAAUUCCAGAGCCAAGAGUAAUGGCAUGUGGUUUAAGCUCCAUGACACAUUGGACUAUGAAUGCUAUGAUGGAUAUGAAAGCAGAUAUGGAAACACCACAGGUUCCAUAGUGUGUGGUGAAGAUGGCUGGUCGCAUUUGCCUACAUGCUAUAAUUCUUCAGAAAAGUGUGGGCCUCCUCCACCUAUUAGCAAUGGAGAUACCAAGCCCUUCCCGCAAAAAGUGUAUCUGCCACAGUCAACAGUCGAGUACCAAUGCCAGUCCUACUAUAAAUUUCAGGGUUCUCAAUAUGUAACUUGUAGUAAUGGAGAGUGGUCAGAACCACCAAGAUGCAUAUUAAUGAAACCUUGUGAGUUUCCAGAAAUUCAAUAUGGAGGUCUGUAUUAUAAGACUAUGCGUAGACCAUACUUUCCAGUAGCUGCAGGAGAAUCUUACUCCUAUUACUGUGAUGCAAAUUUUGUGACUCCUUCAGGAAGUUACUGGGAUUACAUUCAUUGCACACAAGAUGGGUGGUUGCCAACAGUCCCAUGCCUCAGAACAUGCUCAAAAUCAGAUAUAGAAAUUGAAAAUGGAUUUAUUUCUGAAUCUUCCUCUAUUUAUAUUUUAAAUAAAGAAAUGCAAUAUAAAUGUAAACCAGGAUAUGCAACAGCAGAUGGAAAUUCUUCAGGAUCAAUUACGUGUUUGCAAAAUGGAUGGUCAGCACAACCAAUUUGCAUUAAAUUUUGUGAUAUGCCUGUUUUUGAGAAUUCCAGAGCCAAGAGUAAUGGCAUGUGGUUUAAGCUCCAUGACACAUUGGACUAUGAAUGCUAUGAUGGAUAUGAAAACAGAUAUGGAAACACCACAGGUUCCAUAGUGUGUGGUGAAGAUGGCUGGUCGCAUUUGCCAACAUGCUAUAAUUCUUCAGAAAAGUGUGGGCCUCCUCUACCUAUUAGCAAUGGAGAUACCAAGUCCUUCCCGCAAAAAGCGUAUCUGCCACAGUCAACAGUCGAGUACCAAUGCCAGUCCUACUAUGAACUUCAAGGUUCUAAAUAUGUAACAUGUAGUAAUGGAGAGUGGUCAGAGCCACCAAGAUGCAUAAGUCCAUGUAUAAUAACUGAAGAAAACAUGAAUAAAAAUAACAUACAGUUAAAAGGAAAAAGUGACAGAAACUAUUAUGCAAAAACAGGGGAUAUCAUUGAAUUCAUGUGCAAAUUGGGAUAUAAUGCAAAUACAUCAAUUCUAUCAUUUCAAGCAGUCUGUCGGGAAGGGAUACUGGAAUAUCCCAGAUGCGAAUAAGGCAGCAUUGUUACCCUAAAUGUAUGUCCAGCUUCCACUUCUCACUCUUGUAGUCUCAAAGCUUGCAAAGAUAGCUUCUGAUAUUGUUGUAAUUUCUAUUUUAUUUCAAAGAAAAUUAAAAUAAUAUAAUAGUUUCAAUUUGCAACUUAAUAUGUUCUCAAAAAUAUGUUAAAACAAACUAAAUUAUUGCUUAUGCUUGUACUAAAAUAAUAAAAACUAGCCUUAUAUUGGACUUCUUAUCAUUGAAUUAGUAAGUAUAGAAACAGAUAACUGAAUGGCUUUCUGCAUAUUGUAUAGUAUACCUAGACAUAG